GGUGUCGUUCGUCGAAGGUGAACGUAUGAAGUUUUCCAGUAAUGUCGUUGUUCAAGACGAAAGAAUGGUGGCGAACUGUUUGCGGUGCAAACGAAGUUUUCGACAAACGUAGUUUGAUGGUAACUGCAUUGUUUGGCGAGGAUAAGAAUGAUGUACUCGUGGUGGGCAGUCAUGAUGGUUACCUGAGAAUGUUCAGUCCCUCUUCGCAAUGGGUCGAAGACACGAAGUGUCCGUCCAAUUACAAAUCCACGGACGCGAUGAUCGAAACACGAAUCGCUGAUUGCAUCGUUGACACCAAAGUGGGGAGAUUUGUAUCAGGCUCGCAGGAUCUUCGACUGGCGAUACUGACACCCACCAAGCUGGUCGUGCACCACGUGAAUCUGACAAGUGGAUCCACCGAAUAUGGAGACCGUUGCGACUUGAAGAUCGCGUACGAGCAUUCGUUGCCACGAUUCCCAGCAUCUCUGACGACAGGGCCCUUCGGUGGUGCACGUGGCAGAGAUUUCCUCUGCGUGCAAUGCUUGGAUGGGACGCUCCUCUUCUACGAGCAAGAGGUUUUCGCGUUUAGCCUGGUUCUUAGGAAUCGCCUGCUACCCGAGCCAAUCGUCUACGUUUCGCGGAACGACCUGUUCGUCACCGCGAGCAGUCGUUGGUUCAUCGAGUGUUACAGGUAUCAAAGCAUGGCGGAGUCAGCGAGGAGCAGAGAGGAGUCCAACAACAUGGACCAGCGCGCUGAAGUCGAGAACCUCGAACCAGACUCGAGCUACAAUAUCGGGGAAGCUCUUCUGGAUAUCCAGGCCGUCACCCUGAGCAGCUUCGAGGUUGGGAUCGUAGCGUUGGGCGAGAAGCACCUGUACUGUCUAAAAGACAACUGUACGGCGGUCAAGUACUCGAAGAGGCUGGAGUACAAGCCACUCUGUUUUCGAGCUUACAUUAUCGAGCCGGACGGGAAGUUGAUGGUACUCGUAAUUGCCGACACGAACACUCUGAUGAUUUACGAGGGCACCACGCUCAAAUGGUCAGCGCAGUUGCCUUUUGCUCCGGUCGCCGUCGCUAGGGCACAACUGCAGCAUUUGCAAGGCGCAAUAGUCGUCCUGUCGGACGACGGCCGCCUGGAGGCUUGUUACUUAGGUUCGGAGCCAGGAUUGUUCAUUGCGCCACCGCUUCAUCCAAGAGGAUACGAUUACGCAGCCGCGGAACAAGAGCUGACGGAGUUGCGAGCACUAUUGAAGAUGAGCAAAGCCUCAGAUGACAAAACCAGUAACGCCACAGUGGACGCCGAGCUGAUAGUCUCAGUGAACGUUUCGACAGACUUAGAAGGUAGCGAGAGAGCCGGAAACGAGGAUGUCUCGGACGAUGACACGGAAGGGCGGCCAUUUGUGUGCAAAGUCGCGAUAGAAUUGUCCUCGUAUGCCACGAUACACGACGUCCAGAUUUGCGUCCAAGUCAGCAAGCCCCUGAUUGCAACGGAGGACUUUUUCGUCAUUCCCAAUCUGUGCGAACGAAGCACGACGGAGACGACUGUUUACGUGGACGGAGAUCUACCACCGAUAUCCUCGGAGGUCGAGAUCGUCGUGACUUAUCGAACGGACACUGGCAGUCUGCGUAUCGUUCGAAGACUCGCUCAACUUCCGCUGAAGAUGAUGCUGAGGAGCUGUCCCCCUGAGAACGCCACCACCUUUACGACUGUCGUCAAACGUAACGAUCCUCUCGUUGGAUUUACUCAGCUGUUUCCUGAAUUCAUCGGCGAUCAGCUUCAGAGACAAAGGCAGAACUGGAACGCGCUUGGAUUGCGGCAUGCGAGGAGCCGGCACGCUGUCACGAUCGUUUCCGGUAACGCGACCAAUCGAUAUCGGGUGCAGUCCAACGACGGACUAUCGACGACCUUGGUGGUCCAACAGCUGAUCAACAGGCUGAAGGACAGAACGAGUGGCAAUCACACCGCGACUAUCGGCCAGAAUCACAUUCAGCUGGUGCAUUCGCGGUUGGAGGCUCAUUUUCUUGCUCGUCGAGAAAUCGACAAAAUAACGGACGAGAUCGGGCUGCUGACGAUUCAAUUGAGAAAUAUCGAGAGGAAGAUGCUGAGAGCCGUAAGAGAGAGGAACAACAAAUCGUUGCCAGACACUGGUUUGCCGUUCCUUUUCGACUUGACGUAUCAUGCGAUUUUGGAGCACCUCGAGAAACUUGUCAAAGCGAGAACAGAACGCGAGAGAACUGGCCACGAACUGUGGUGCAGCCUCAGACUGUUGCUCCUGUUGCUGCGACUUAACGCGAACGAAGAAAAGUACGCAGCCUUGGAGGCAGCUAUUGGCUUCCAACCACGACCAUGCGAUCAACUGGACUGGGAAGAGAUCGCUGACGUGGCCCUGACGACUCUUCUCAAAUCAGUCUCGAAAAAGCUCGGAACUACGGAAAGCAAGUCUUUGACGUGGGGCACAAUCACACCGAUCGCGUCGAGCAAGGAGCUGGCGAAGCUGAAGAAACGUCUGGUUCACGCGAUAGAGCGGUUGGAUGAGUCCAGGGGAUCAAACAUCGCCGAGGUUGAGCCCAGCGAUGGUAAUGAUCUAGCUUCUGCUUAGACUGGAAGUAUAUCGUCGCUUUUUCUUGCGCUGUUUAAAAAGGAUUGACUAAGUCGUCGACUUGGUUAAAUUUGACUAACUCGAGUAACUCGGAAUCAGACCGAGGAAAGAGUAUUAAAAUUUAUAAAAAUAUUACGUAGAUACCAAGGUUGAUUAUUACGGAAAGAAAAUGACACGAAGAUAGACGAGUACCUAUGAAACUGCAGACAGCGCAAUUAUAACUAGUGAAAUUAUAGCUACAAUGAAUAUUUUUUGAACAAUGUAAUUUUUCAUGCUGAACAUCGGUCAAUUGCGAACGAGAGAAACAUGGAUAUAUUUACGUUUCUCAGAAUGACUGAAAAAUAACAAAAUAAAACUGAACUUCUGUUCAGUCUUGAACCUGCUCUGGCGUUGAAUAAACCGGAGAUGCGGAAAACGUUGAGCGUAUUCGAUACGCGUCCGUUGGUCGAUGACCGUCGCGGUACCAUUUGCAUGCAAAUAAAAAUAGUCCGAAUGAGACCGUGUUCGGACUUAUUUUCAUCGGGAAAACCUCCCCAACCUAUUAAUAGUACUCUCACGGAGUACAAUUCGAAACGUGAAUGUAUUAGGUUUUGUAUCAGCAGCUGUCACGAUGGAACGCAUGCGGCUCGCUUUGAAGUUCGGUCAGGCGGUUUUGAAUUCCAUAGCUGCAAGUCGCUGGAAUCGACUCGGUCACUCGAGCUGAAUAAAGUUAGGGUGAUCCUAUUGGAAGCGUAUUCAAGUGUAUUCAAAAAAGAAAGGCAUACGUCUAACUUAUAAUCGAAUAAAGUUUUGUCUAACUCUGGCAUUAACAUGCAUAUUAUUAGUAUUCGCAUGCAUAUUGUCACACGUUUGUUAAUAAUAGGAACCAUUGAAUUUUCCAUGCAUUCCUUUCUCACUCUCCUAGACGUAUCCAAAUCGACGACACUUAGAGAGGCUGAACUAUUAGGUUAUCCAGAAAGUUCGUGGCAAUUUCUAAGAAAAAUUCAAAGGCAUAUAAUAUAUAUAUAUACAUGUACUUAUUGAAUUACAUAGGUGCCAUUUUGUUCCACAACCUUUCCACCUUUUAAGGAAUGUAUACAUGUUAUUUGUUUUCAACCAUUUCGACAUAUUCAGACUUGUACCACCUACCAAAAAUCGACAUGGACUUUCCGGACAACCCAAUAAAAUAAAUCGAAUAACUCGAAAACAAACAGAGAUAAGGAAGAAUGUUAACUACAAAACUUUGUCAAUUUCACACAAGGAAUAACAUAAAGUAACCUAAAUUUCCAUACAA